CUGAAUUGGGAAAGGAGGAGGAGGGACAGGGUAGCUGCUACAUUUUGGACGUCUGCCUGGGUUCCCGAGUGCCUCUUAGCUUGUGCAGCGUACAGGCAUUGGUUGCUAUACCCUCCACUGGAUCAGCCUCUUGACGCCAAGGCCACGCUUCCGCUCCAAUGGCACCCAAGAAGAAAGCCCCAAAGAAGAGCAAGCCGUCGAAGACGGAGACGUCUACGAAUGUCACCAUGGUAGAGGACUCUUCUCUUGACAUUGACCACCAUCAGCAACUAGACGGCUUGUUUGAAAAUGGUUCAGGUGGCUUCCUCUGCACUGCCACAGAAGUCACAAAUCCUAGCCACGGAACCAGUGUCCUGGAGGAGAUGAGCCUCAUGCACCAGGAGCGUUUCCUCUGUGACCUCACUAUUGUCACAAAAACAAAAUCCUUCAGCGUUCACAAGUUGGUCAUGUCUUCCUGCAGUGAGUUUUUCAGAAGCCUGCUGAAAAAAGACCCAAACCUUCAACAAGUGGACCUCAAAGAUGCCUCCUCCUUAGGCUUGGCUACCGCCAUUGCCUACACCUACACCGGAAAGCUGAACCUUUCUCUGUACACCAUUGGGAGCACCAUUUCCAUAGCCAGCCGCCUGAGGAUGUAUGCUCUGCUCAACAUGUGCACCGACUUCCUCAUCCAGGAGAUGAAUGUGGAAAACUGGAUGUACAUCGCCAACCUGGCAGACACCUACAAUCUCAGCCAAGCGAAGGAUGCUGCAAGGAAGUUCAUCCGGGAAUGUUUCCUGGAGUUCUCUGACACUGAACAGUUCAUGAAACUCACCUUUGAUCAGCUCAACGAGCUGCUGAUGGAUGACAACCUUCAGUUCCCCAAUGAGGUGGUGGUCUUUCAGAUUGUCAUGAAAUGGAUCGAGUUUGAUCCCAAGAGGAUCAAAUAUGCCGCCGACCUCCUGAACAAUGUCCGCUUUGGCACGAUCCCGGCUCACGACUUGAUCAACUACAUCCAGCCUGUGCCGUGCAUGAUGCAGAACCCAGAAUGCCACAAGCUCCUGGUAGACGCUAUGAAUUACCACUUGUUACCUUAUCAGCAAAAUGACCUCCAGUCCAGAAGGACCAAGAUUCGAGGAAGCCGUAAAGUGUUGCUCAUGGUUGGGGGCCGGCCGUGCUCGGCCGAGAAAGCUCUUAGCAAAGAUGUAAGCUACAGAGAUCAAGAAGGAAACUGGAAUAAGCUAACAGAGAUGCCCACCAAAUGUUUUAACCAAUGUGUUGUGGUGAUGGAUGGCUUCCUCUACGUGGCUGGCGGAGAGGAUCAAACUGAUGCCCGGAACCAGGCAAAGCAUGCAGUUAACAACCUGUGCAGGUAUGAUCCUCGUUUCGGCACCUGGCUGCACUUGGCCAGCAUGUCGCACAGAAGAACUCACUUCAGCCUCAGCGCAUUCAAUGGGAACCUCUAUGCCAUCGGGGGACGUAAUGCCAAGGGGACCCUAGUCUCUCUUGAAUGCUACAUCCCUUCUGCCAACACCUGGCAUGCCAAAGCCAACAUGGACUUGCCCCGCUGCUGCCAUGCCAGCGUGGUCAUCGAUGGCAAGAUCCUGGUGACGGGCGGCUACGUCAACAACGCCUACUCCCGUACCGUCUGCAGCUAUGACCCCGCCACAGAUUCAUGGCGAGACGGGGCAUGGCUGAGCAGCCCCCGAGGCUGGCACUGCGCUGCCACCUUAGCAGACCGCGCCUACGUCCUGGGCGGCAGCCAGUUGGGUCCCCGGGGGGAGAGGGUGGACGUCAUCCCUGUGGAGUGCUACAACCCUUCCACGAACCAGUGGAGCCACAUGGCCCCCCUGCCCACCGGCUUGAGCAUGGCAGGGGUGGCCACCCUUGGUGGGCAGAUCUUGGUUGUCGGUGGUUGGAAUGAGAGUGGGAAAAAGUAUCAGAAGAGCAUCCACGCCUACAAUCCGGACCUGAACGAAUGGACAGAGGAAGGAGAACUUUCUGAAGGCACCGUGGGGGUCUCCUGCUGCACCAUCGCCCUUCCGCACUCAAGCACCAGGGGCUCCAGAGCCAGCUCAGCUGCCUCAGCAACGGUCAGCAUUUAAGGGUGAGAGGAUGGUUGGAUGGAAUGGAGGAAACAGUCAGAACUGGCCUCAGCUGGCAUGAUCAGGGGGUUCACAAGAACGUCAAAAUACUUCUUUAAAAAUCUCAUUUAAGCCUUGGUUUUGCCAGCUUCCAGGAGAUAAAUAUUCUACCUGUAGAGCAGGUGUGGGCAGUUCUUGGUCCUCUGAAUGUUGCAGAAAUACAAACCUCAUCAUCCCUGGCCACUGGCCAUGCUUGCUGAGGCUGAUGGGAAUUGUAGUUCAGCAACACUAGGCCAAAGGUCCCCCAAACUUGCUUUAGAGAAUUAGCACUGUCUUACUGCAGCAGGGGAGGCUAACCUGCAGCCCUCCAGGUGUUAUUGGACAACCCCCAUCCUUGACUCUUGGGGCUAAUGGGGUGCAAGAGCAUCUGGAGGGCCACAAAUUAGUUACCCAUGUACUAUAGCUUACCUCACAGAAAAAUAAGUAACAGGGCUGAAUACGGCACCUCCUUCCCAUGGUUUUACUUUAGUAACACUUUUAAAGCACAAUUUCUGGUCCCUCAAGCGAAACCUGAAGAUGUCAUUUGAGCUGAAAUAUAACUCCCCAUCCCUCAGCUUCUACCCCCAAAUAUCACCACCAGUUUUUUAAAAGAAAGGUGUGACCCUUAAGGCCUACUUUGAAUGAACUGCGUCACUGAGAUAUAGGAUCCCUGAGGUCUAAAUUAAAAAUCUGAAGUACACUUUACAAAUUUGU